AUGGUCAAGCCGGAUGUCAAGCACAACUACUACUCCGACCUCGAGCUUCCGAAUACGUGUUCCAUCGAUGACAUCAAAAAGCAAUACCGCAAACUUGCCCUCCAAUAUCACCCGGACCGCAAUGCAGGCAGAGAGGAGGAGUUUGUGCCCAGGUUCCAAGCAAUCCAGACUGCGCAUGAGAUCCUAGGCGAUGCUAUAUCCAAGAACAAAUAUGAUACAGAUCGGCGGAAAGCUGGCCUCUAUCCUGCUGCUGCCAGAGGUCCGCCCAGUGUGCCGCCUACGCCAGGUAAUCCGACAGGCAACCCGUACUUCGUGCGGUCGGACUAUCCACCACCACCUCGUAGGACACAGCCAGGCCCUUACGCGCGACCACAACCCACAGCUGCUGCCUCAUCAAACACUACCCCAACGGGUGCGGACCGCUUCACACAAUUCACGCGCGGCGCACCUACUGCUCGCAAGGAUGCCGGUGGGCCAGCCGCUGGCAGAGCGGACAACUUCCGAGCAUGGCAGAACUUGAAUGCUAUGCAGGAGAAGGAGAAGCGCGACGCUGCCGCUGCCUGGGCUGCGCGUAAUCAGCCGGUUCCGCCUACCCAACCCUCACCUGGCCGACCUCGACCGCCUCCGCGACAGGACACGAAGCUCCCGAGUGAGGAUGAGAUCCGCGCUGGCAUGAAUUAUCGGAAGCCUCCUCCACCAUCUCCCGCAGCAGAGGCUGAAGCAAGUCCAUCUGCGUGGGCUAGCUUUCAACGGCAAAAUGCUGGAAAGCCGGGCGUGUCGCGCAGUAACACCUUCAAGACGCCAAGAAAGCAAGGCUUCGAUCCCAAUGCGCCAGGCUCAGAUGGGCGUCCACAACCCGAUGGCAAUUACAUGCACACUCAUAGACGAUCUGCAGACUUCGGGAGGCAUCCACCUGGCGCAUACCCACCUCCACCACCAGGCCCGCCACCCAUGUCACCCACAUCCCCAAAUGGUCAUCGACCUUUCGCAGAUCCCUUGCGCCCAUUCAAGGCUCGUCCUGACGAGCAGGACGCUUUUCCACAAGCUCCUUAUACCGAAGGUAACAGGAUCCGGACACCGUACAGUAACGCUAGUGGCGAGAGGACGAAGUUCGAACGCCAGAAUUCCGAUGGAUUACGACGCUCAGCGAGUACUCGUGAUACAACGAAGCUCUAUCCUGACGGCGGCGCGGCUAGAGCUAGGAGCACUAGUCCGCUUGGUCGGCAGAAGCAUGGCACGCAAGACAAGAAUUUUGUAGACUACAGCGACAGCGACGCAUCUGGCAACGGUGAUGCAGACAUACCAAGUACGACGACCACGCCUGGAGGCUCCCGCCCUGGCAUAGCACCACAUCCGAAAAUGCCUUUCGAGCGACCAAUGAAAGUUCCGACCCCACCGAGCAGACGAGCCAAUGGCCCAUCGAUGCCAUUCGGUCCUCCCGCUGACGAUGCUGACACACCUGGCAUGCAGCAGAAGACAGCGAACAAUAUGUAUGCAGACCCUUUCCUCUUUCAGUUCGAUGACCUGCCAGACGAUAGCAUUUUCGAGCGCAACCAGUGGACACCUCGUGGUUUCAGUACACAUCCAACAUAUGGUACUGAGUCGCACAUGGGAGCUGCACCGCAAUGGACAACACCUAGCUCGGAGCUUUUCAAUAGCACCUAUGGCAAGGCACCUUCAUAUCCGCAGACUGAUCCGAUUGGCAAGCGGCAACCAGGCAGGAGCAGGUUCAUCGACGCUAGCAUAAUCAAUGUUCAUGAUACGCUUCCACCCUCACGUGUCGAACAGGAUGAGGCAGCUCUUCGGUUCGUACAACAUGAGAUCGAAAUGAACAUUGGCGAGCCGUCGAAGAAUUUGAAUAUACAUGUCUUGAAUCGGCUUGCUUCAACAGCGCGCGCGGGUAUCUCAUGUGGUCAUAGCUGGAUGGACAAGAUUGUCACUCGAAUGCUCGAACUCUUCCCGUCAUACGGUCUGCCUAUUAUUGACAAGAUCUAUGCUGAUACAAUUUCUUUGAUCGAUAGCUUCAACUACCCUGGCCAGCAGAAUUUGUUCUCGUCCGGCAAGAGUCGAAGCGAGGAGACCGUUAACACCAAUUUCUCGCCCGAUGGCUGGCAUGGGAAUUUCAAGGGCUCUGAUUACUUUGCGCCACCGCCCCCUACGAGUAGGAAACAGCCGAGUCCUUCGAGACGCACGAAGUCUGGACUUCGAUCUGCAACUGCUAAUCCGCCCGAUCCUGAUGCUGAAACGAACGGCGCGCAAUCGACUUUUACUGCGGAGGAGAGGACGACUACUUCACAGGAGCCGCAGAGUACUCCGGGCAGUGUCAAGUUCAGCAAAGAAGAGUGGGAGCACCAUUUCAAAGAACCUACCUGGGUAUGGCCGGGUCCACCUCAAGACUCGACGAGUCCGAAGAAGGCACCCAAGACACCCGCACGCAAGUCUAGUCGAACGACUGGCAAUGCGUCGAGAGAAGGAGGCCCCUUUGGGCGUGUAAGUGAUCCUGUUACUGACAGGAAUGGAGGCGAUGCCACGGCUGGACAGAGUGCUGCUACAGGUGAUGAUGGUGAUGCUAUGGAUAUUGAUGAUGAGCCACCGGUGCAGGCUCAGCAAACGACUUCUGAGGAUCUCCACUCACGCACAGACGGUACAGCCGAGCCGCGAUUAUACUCAGUCCCGCCCUCGACAUGGCGGCAACAGCAAGAAUCCUCGACAAACGGUGGUCACCAGCACGCUUUUACAAACCAACGCUCGACUAGCAGCAAGCUCAACACCAACCUCGACGACCUCGCCCACGUUGAGCCCCUCAUCCGCGACACGAACGGCCUCGACAGUCUAGCCGGCAUGAGCUCAACUCUACCCUUCCAAUCCCAGCCCUCCUCAACACUCCCCACACACCCCCAAGAGCCCCAAAAACUCCAAAUGCCGCCCGUCCCCAAAGCACCAGAACCACCCCAUAAACUCACCAAAGAAUCCUGGCACACUUUCACCGCCACCUUCGCCGCCUACCUGCACGCGUACCACGCCUUUAACACAACCAUGGUGCAGCAUUUCGCUGCGCGGGAACAGGCGGCCAACGCUCUGAUAUACUCGGGCUCUGCGUGGUUGGAGGCUGUAGGGGAUACGACGAGGGAGGGGGAGCAGCAGCCGAUGGGGUUUGCGAGUUAUGCGAGGUGUGUGCGGGAGGAUGAGAUGGUGAGGGAGGUUUGGGGGGUGGGGUGUGAGAGGCAUCGGGUCGCGGUUGAGGAGUUUGGGAAGUUGAGGGAGAGGGUCAAGAGGUUGGUGGAGGGUGGGGGGUUGGUGGAGAGGUAG